AUGUUCGCCCUUUCUGAAGAGUCCAAGGAGCGCAUUGGAAAGAUCAUCGAGAUCUCCCGUGUUGCUAUUCACUACGGCUACCUGCCUCUCGUGCUCUACCUCGAUCAUUCCUCUAUGACGGGUGCCAAACAUGAGGGCCUCUCGCCAGCCCUCGUCGAGACCAUCGCCGGCCUCUCGGCCGGCUCCAUAGCCACCCUCAUCGUCCACCCGCUCGACAUCGUCAAGACGCGCAUGCAGAUCCACCGCAGCACCGUCGCGGCGCCCCAGUCGCUCACCACGGUCGCCCUGCUGCGCAGCCUCGUGACAAACACGCAGUCGCACCCCGUCGCCGCGCUGUACCGCGGCCUGGCGCCCAACCUCGUCGGCAACGCCACGAGCUGGGCCUCCUUCUUCUUCUUCAAGUCGCGCUUCGAGAGCCUCCUCCGCGCCGCCAAGGACAAGUCUCCGUCUCCGUCCCCGUCACCGGCCACGGCCACGGCUGCGGCGGCAGUCCAGCUCACGCCGACCGACUACUUCGUCGCCUCGGGCCUCGCGGGGCUCGCCACGCAGGUCCUGACCAACCCGGUCUGGGUGCUCAAGACGCGCAUGCUCUCGUCGGACCGCCACGCCGCCGGCGCCUACCCGGGCAUGCUCGCCGGCGCACGGCACAUCCUGCAGACCGAGGGCGCGCGCGGCUUCUACCGCGGCCUGGCGGUCGGCCUGGUCGGCGUCAGCCACGGCGCCGUGCAGUUCGCCGUGUACGAGCCCGCGAAGCGGUUCUACUUUGCCCGGCGCGAGGAGCGGAGGCGGCGGCGGCGGGAGGAAGAGGGAGGAGGAGAAGGCGACGGUGGCAUCAGUAGCAGUAGCAACAGUGGCGACACCCCCGACACGAGGCUGACCAACGAGGCGACGCUCGUCAUCUCGACGGCCUCCAAGCUGGUCGCCGGGGCCGUGACGUACCCGUACCAGGUCGUGCGCAGCCGGCUGCAGAACUACGACGCCGAGGCGCGCUUCGGCAGGGGCAUCGUGGGCGUCGUGUCGCAGCUGUGGAGGGAGGAAGGGUACAGAGGCUUCUACCGCGGGCUCAUGCCGGGCGUCGUGAGGGUCCUGCCGGCGACCUGGGUCACCUUCCUGGUGUACGAGAAUGUCAAGUAUUACCUGCCUCGGAUGGUUUGA